AUGCAGAAUUAUGACUCCCGAAAAACGAGAUUUGCAAAAUUGCUCUCCCGGGCAAAGGGUCAACUAGCCCCACUCUGGUCUAAACCCUCCCUUAAAAUCAAGAGAAGUAUCAGGGUGUGUUGCUCAGUUAGAUUGUGCAUCCCGGUGACCUGGCACCUGACUUUGGCAUGUAAAAAUCAACCAACGUUUCAACUUUAUCGGGGUGGGGAGUCUGGAGAUCACAACGAUUGUUUUCAAAAUGGGAUCUACGUAGACAGAGGUACAUCCAGUGACAGGGACAGAGCUUCUGCUGCAAAAUGUGACGUCCAUCGACAACUGCAGGGGCAACGCAAGCGCCGCAUCCCUGCUGUCAUUUCUUCUUGCGCAGCCGUCGUACCGGAUUCUAUAUUUCAAUUUGUGAUUCUGUUUCCUUUCUUGAUUUAUCGUGCAGUUGCUGCCGAAGUUAGACUAGCCAUGACCACUCCAGAAAAUGUAACGAUAAUAACGCCCCCCAGAAAGGAAGUAUCUUCCCAUUUGGGUGAUUUGAACGUAAUCGCCAUAGAAAACGCCUAUGCUACUUGCCACAACGUUCAAGAUUUAUUGCAUUUACGAGGAUUUACUUCAAAGCCAGCAUACGUGAAGAACAAACGAGGAAAAACUAAAAAAAGGAAACUGCAAAAGGACAAAAACUGAAUUAAAUUUCAUACCUGUGAUGGAAAUGAAAAAUCAGUAAGACGGCUGACGCUUCCUUUGUUCUUUAAAUUUUACUCAAAUUUAAAUGGAAGGCUGAAACCGUUUUAUUAGUUUCGUUUUAUAAAAAUUCAUGCUGUGAUGCACGACGCAUAAGAGAAACUAUCUUUUUUUAUGUAACUUUUUUCGACAUCUUCCUUGACACUCGCUGGAAGGAAAGGAAACAAAUUUAUCUAUAUAGAUUUAUUUUCGACCAUUAAUUUUAUUGUAGUUAAAACUAUCCAUCUUUUCUGAAGGAUUGAAGCAUCUUAUUUUUGAGUGCCAUUUCCUUUACCGCUCGCUUAUUAUUGCUGUUGAUUAGGCUGUGGUUAAGCUCCGUUGAAUAAAGUUCCUUUUCUGUGGGAAGA